AUGAAUAGUAUUGAUGUCACUAAAUUAAAGAAAUUAGCCAAAGAUGACUUGUUUAAAAGAGAUAUAUUUGGUCGUACCAUAUUACAUAUAUGUAUUUUGGUAAACAACUCUGAUGCUUUGAAAAGCUUAACCAAAAACCCUGAUUUCAAGACUUUAUUAAAAUUGAAUGAUUACGAAAAUGGUUGGAAUUGUUUGCAUUAUAUUUUUUUCCAUAAACGCUUACAGUGUCUUAAAGUAUUGAUUGAUUAUUUACAAGGAACAAUAGUUCAAGGUAAUAUUUUUGCCACCAACUCCCCUUUGUUAGAGUUGCUUAAGUUUAAAGAUCGGAAUGGCCAUACACCUUUAAACCUUCUUAAUAAUGAUUUUAAAGAUUUGCUUUGGUUCCCCGAGUAUAUUACUGACAAGAAUGAAUUUCAUAUGACUUACAAAUAUGAACGUAUCAAAUCAACUAAAGACGUGGUUCAACCGGAAUAUGAACCUGAUACAUUGCCAUUUUUGAAAUCAUCAGAGAUAUUAUGGACUGAUAAACGAGGGGCAUCUGAGAUUUAUGUUUUUGGAUGUAAUAGUAACAAUCAACUAGGAGUAGGUGAUUCUACCGAUAGAGCAACCCCAGCACUAUUAUACCACGACAACUUUAAAUUUGCUACUGACCUUACUGGCUCCAUUAGUGAGAGGUUUAAACGUCCAAGAUAUAAACGCAUUACCAUAUCGAAAAAUCAUUCCGUUGUUGUUACUCAAGAUGGAGAAUUGUUUUCAUGUGGUGUUGGAUCAAGAGGAAGACUAGGACAUGGAUUAACCGAUUUGAAUAAUUAUUUCAAAUUCAAGAGAAUAGAGUUUUUCAAUGACAAAACAAUAAAGGAUGUGGCAAUUUCUAGUAAUCAUUCUAUUGCAUUGACUACCGAUAAUGAAGUGUAUGCUUGGGGUCUCAAUAGUUUCAAUCAGUUGGGUGUGCCGAAUAUGAAUAACAAAAAAUCGACAAAUUAUUUGGAUAAAUUUAUUGCCACUCCAAUUAUGGUUGGAGGAGAACUCCGCAAAAUGCAAAAUAUCAUUGGUAUCGAGGUUUCCAAAAUUCAUUCAUUAGCAUGGUCAAAAAACUAUUUGUGUUUUUGGGGAUUGAAUGUUGGGCAAAUGGGUAUUUCGUACACUAAUGGUGAUAUUGAAGUCAAAGUACAAGAGCGGUCAGUGAGAGGUGAGACACAAGUCAACCCAAAAGCAAUUCAGUUGCGGGAUGAUAUAAAGUGUGUGAGUACUAGUGAGUUGUGUACCUGUGUGGUGACAACACUAAACGACGUUCACGUAUAUUACAAUUACCAACAUUUUAAACUACCGAAAAUCCCCAUGAAAGGGCAUGGUGAUAAGCAUUUUGAUUAUUUCAAACCAAGAAGAAUCACAGAGGCAGCAGUUAUUAAAAAAAUAGUUACCCGAGGUCCCGAAAACUCUAUGAUUUUAUUAAAGAAUGGCUCUGUUUUUUCAUUUUCGGUUAAUGCAAACGAUAUAAAAAAUACCAAAUAUACCUCGAUAUGGAAAGCUUAUGACCAUGAUAUGGUAGCCACAGACAUAGAUAUAUCAACCGAUGGAUCCGUUGUAUUGUGUACUAGAAGUGGUACAGUAUUUAUUAAAUCGACACUCUCAUCCAAUCAAAGAAAAAACUCCAUGAGUGGUGCAACAUUACCGAUACCCCUUACAAAAAACAAAUUCAAGAAAAUAGAAAAUGUAAACAAUGUUGUUAGAGUAACGUGUGAUCCCAAGUUUUUAUCAUUUGGGUUUAUGCGGGAUGAUAUUGAUUUAUUGCCAUUGGAACUUCCUCAAAAUGAUUUUUUCACUGACAUUGAGACAUUAUCGCCAGCAGUUGAAUAUAAUUUUAACAGAAAGCAAAAUAAAUUGUUUGACACACAAGACCAUUUGUACAUUGCUAAUUUUUUCACUGCGUCACGAAACAAUACUCAUGAAGAUGAUGCAGAUGAUGCAGAAUACGAUAAAUUAUAUUCAAAUCAAGAUGCACUGGUUAUUAACAAAAUUGAGGAGAUCUAUAACAGCAAAUUUGAUCCUAGAGCAAGUAAGCGAGUGAAGGCAUUGAGCACAUACGAAAAUAUUGUCUCAGAAGAAGUUUAUUCAACUAUCAAAAGAUGUAGUGGUUAUGGAGAAGAUUACGUUGAUGGUUUGAAGGAUAUACUAUCCAACAAUGAAAACCUUUUUGACGCAAAUUUCGAGUUUGCUUUUGCCCAAGAUGCAAAAUUUGGGUUCCACAGUCGUGUUCUCGAAUUCAGAUCAAGCGUUUUCCAAAAAUUGUUACAAUUGAAUGACAAGAACGAAACUUUGAUUGGUGACAAUAUCAAGAUAGUUUGGAUUCCAGAACAAUCAACCCUAAGAGUUUUGACAACCAUUUCGCCUGUUGCCGCUUUAAUGUUCAUGCAUUCUGUCUACAGUGGAAGAAAAAUGGACAAUUUGGAACAAAAUGUAUUUUCCUACUCGUCUCCAGAACUAGUCAGGCUUAGGAUCAACCAAUAUCAAUCACUCUGUAGUUUGUUUGGAAUUGGUUGUGACAGAUUGUCAGUCACAGAUGCUUUUCAAGAUUUACUCAAUAGCAACACUGGUGAUGUUGUUAUUAAGGCCAGUGAUGGUGACGUGUUUGCACAUGCAUUUGUUUUGAAGGCAAGAUCAGCUUUUUUUGAAACUUUGCUAUCAGAAAGAUGGGAUACAGAGGAAAAAGGUAAUGUUCAAUACGUCGAUUUUACUGGGUUAACAAAGUUCCAGGUUACUUUAAUUCUCCGGCACUUGUACGGUGUUAGUAAUGAAAGUCUCUUGGAUUGCUUCCAGUAUGAUUUUGGGGAGAAAGAUUAUUUCAUAAACGACUUACUUGAAUUGAUCGAAGUUGCUGAUGAAUUAUUAUUGUUUCAGCUCAAGUCUGUUUUGCAGUUGGCUAUAUGUGAUAUGAUUUCGUUAGACAAUGUAUUGGUUUUACUUGUUCAUGGGUUCACAUUAAAUGCUCGACAAUUAUUUCUCAAUUGCUGUUGGUACAUUUUCAAUAAUUUAGAAGUUUUGAUGUUUGCACCUGGUUUUAAAGAAAUACCAAAUGAAACAAUGCAGUUGUUAGAGGUAUUUAUUGACAAACUAGGUAACGUGCAAAAUGGAACCAAAAACUGGAUUGACCAAAAUCCUAAUAUAUUGCUAGAACACAUUGAAAAUAUUGAAGAGUUCAAUGAGUAUUUCAUGAGUGAUAGAAAAGGUUUUUCCUCAUUCAAACCUUUGAUUGAUAAUGGAUAUAUUGAUGCUAUAAAGACGAAAGAGACCGUGAAAAAAAGAAAAUCCAGAAAGAGUUCCACUUCUGCAUUCAAUAAAGAUAUUAGUGAUUUUAGACAAGGCUUGCGCAGAGAAAAUAAUGGAGAGAGUUUCCCGCCAACAAUCAUUGAUGAAAAUGAUGGAUUUAUAUUGGUUGAAAAUAAAACCAAACAAAGAAAUGCAUCAAGUUCUUCGCCAAAUAUUUUAAAUAUGAAUGGUAUCGUUGAACCUACAAACAAAAUUGGAAAUUUGUCAGUAAUUGGCAAGUUAACUUCAAUUCAUCCCAAUCCUGAGUCAUUUGUUCAAUCAAGUGGACUACCAUCAACGUCAAAUUGGGCGACUAAACCACAAUCGUCGCUGAUAGAAUCCAAUACUUUGUUACCAGCUGCUAUUAGUACAACAUUGACAACUGCCAAAUCCAAGCCGACUAAAGUAAAGAUCGGACCUGUAACAAAACUUUCGCAAAAGCAAAGAAAGCGUUUAGCAGCAGCAGCAGCAAAUGAUGCCAAUCUAGAACAAAUUGAUCAAAAAACUACCAAAGAAUCAUCAACUAUUGCGCCAUGGUCUACUUGUGUUGCUGAUACACCUAUAUCCAACCUGCAAAACAUCAACAAUCUUCCAGCUUUAGGAUCCUCGAAGCCUAAGAAGAAAUUUAUUUCCAUUAGCCGGCCACAAAGUACAAAAAAAUCACCUUCACUUAUAUCUAUACCGUCGAGUACCGCAAGUACACCUUUUUCAAUGGCAGCAGCAAUAACCCCAGACUCAUCAUUCAAUAGUGUUUAUUCGACUCCAUCAUUGACAGAAGUUAUGAUUCAUGAAUCACUCAAGUUAGAACAAGCAAAGUUACAGGAAACUGAAAGGAAAACGCUUGUAGAAAUCCAACAGGAACAAGAAUUUGCAAAAUGGUGGGAGGAAGAGUCCAAGAGAGUACAAGAAGAAAUGCAACGUUUAGAAGUAGCUGAUACUAAAAAGAAGAAAAAGAAGAAAAAUACAUCGCCAAAACCGCAAAAAUAUAGAAAACCAAUAAAGUCUGAUUCAUGA